AUGGUGACCUUCUGUUUGCUCAGAGUGAAAAGCAGACUGGAUGUACAGCAGAGACAAGAGCGAUACCAGGCUUUUUUUAAUUUUCUUUUUCUUUUGGUUUGUACUUGUUCUUCUUUUUCGUUUUGCUCGCUCCUCACUUCGAACCCCACCGUGCGCGCCUCUAUGAGCGCGCAUGAAGGCAUUCUGCUGGAGAGGUUUUGCGAAACUUUAAGGAUGAUAUACCCGGGAUGUUUCCUGCUGCUCUGUGGGCUCUCGCAUGUCAUGGCAAGCUAUCCCAUCUGGUGGUCACUAGCAAUGGGCCACCAGUACUCAUCGCUGGGCACCCAACCAAUUCUGUGUGGCAGCAUCCCUGGUCUGGUGCCCAAGCAGCUGCGGUUCUGCCGGAACUAUGUGGAGAUAAUGCCCAGUGUGGCCGAGGGGGUGAAGAUUGGCAUCCAGGAGUGCCAGCACCAGUUCCGAGGCCGACGCUGGAACUGCACCACAGUCACUGACAAUCUGGCCAUCUUUGGGCCAGUGUUAGAUAAAGCCACUCGAGAGUCCUCAUUCGUUCACGCCAUCGCCUCAGCGGGAGUGGCAUUUGCAGUGACCCGUGCCUGCGCCGAUGGUACAGCCACCAUCUGCGGGUGUGACUCGCGCCACAAGGGCCCCCCCGGUGAGGGGUGGAAGUGGGGCGGCUGCAGCGAGGACGUGGAGUUUGGAAGCAUGGUUUCCCGAGAGUUUGCUGAUGCGAGAGAGAAUCGCCCGGACGCACGUUCAGCCAUGAACCGCCACAACAAUGAGGCAGGAAGAAUGUCCCUCAAUGACAACAUGUUCCUGAAAUGUAAGUGCCAUGGUCUUUCGGGUAGCUGUGAGGUCAAGACUUGCUGGUGGUCUCAGCCGGACUUCCGAGUUAUUGGCGACUACAUGAAGGAUAAGUACGACAGCGCAUCCGAGAUGGUCGUUGAGAAACACAAGGAGUCCCGCGGAUGGGUGGAGACCCUGAGACCCAAGUACAACUACUUCAAGCCCCCCACAGAGCGUGACCUGGUUUAUUAUGAGAGCUCACCCAAUUUCUGUGACCCUAAUCCCGAGACCGGCUCCUUUGGCACCCGCGAUCGCGUCUGCAACCUGACGUCCCACGGUAUAGACGGUUGCGACCUUCUGUGCUGUGGGAGAGGCCACAACACCCGGACUGAGAAGCGAAAGGAGAAGUGCAACUGUAUUUUUCACUGGUGCUGCUACGUCAGCUGUCAGGAGUGCGUGAAAGUCUACGACGUGCACACCUGCAAAUAG